AUGCGUUUGUUGGAGUUGCUGAUGGCUAAUUGUGAAGCGGUACAGCCGAUCUCUUCAAAUAACUCGAUCUUUCACGAUUUUGCAGAGAUCGAAAAACAAAUUUUGACUCAAAUGGUUAGUGAACGAAAACAAUUGGAGUCAACUUUCUGGCCGGGAAAAGUCUCCGAACUUGCUGUUCAAUGCCUCAACCAAAGCGACACCAAGGUGGCCGCCGAUCAAUUAGCUCAAGACUUGGCGGCAAAGCAUGAGCCAAAGUUUUUCGUUGCCACCAGCAACCUCGGUGAUAAACUCCCGAUUAUCUACUAUACCGGUGAUCGGGUUGUUUAUGAGUGGAAUCUAUUCAACAAGAACUUUGUCGUUUUUAGGAGUUCUUGUGCACAAAAUGAGACUCAAAGGCAAGAGGUCAUCACCCCAACAGAUACAAUUGUGGCUGGAAAUGGGGACAAUUAUGAAUUGAUCGCAAAAUUGUUAUGGGAACAGGUCGGCGUUCAGUCUGCUGGAAACGCGACAAAGAGCGCAAUGGUUUUGGCUGUGCCUCCAAUCGCUGAUUCGACCCUUUUCCAAGCUGGUGAUUUGUGUGCUGUUUAUGUGAAAGAAAAGAACGGAUAUACAUAUGUGAUUGGACUCGAU